ACAAACAAUCUCCCAUGCCACUUUCCCUACCAUAACAAGCAUGCAUGCCUCUACUUGCAUUUCAUUUCUUGUCAUUCUGUGUUUAUUCAGUCCGUCGAAAUCUCUCUCAGAUGAACUCAUCUGUGACUCCACUCCUUUUCCAUCUUUCUGCAAUUCGAUGCGUCUGCAAUACGAUUUUGGAUCCAUACAAGAAUAUGGCAGGUUUAUACUCAAGCAAUCAAUAUCAUCAACAGAAAAUGUGCUUUCAAUGGUAAACGGUUACCUCGAGCUCCGGAUUGGAUUGCAGGAAUACACAAUCCAUGCUCUUGAAGACUGUCAGCUUCUUACAAGCUUGAAUAUUGAUUUCUUUGUUAAAACUCUGGAAAGUUUAAAUUUGACGAAUAAGAUUGAUGGCCCGACAGCCAGUGAAUUGUUGAGCUUGCUUAGUGCAACCCUCACAAAUUAUCAAACUUGUUUAGAUGGACUUGAGGCCAUAAAUCCACUUUCAGCCAUUAGAAUUGCUCUCGGAACGCCGCUUUCUGAUGGAAACAUGCUGAACAGUGUAGCCCUCGCAAUUUUCAAGUACGCCUGGAAUCCUAGUACAACGGAAGGAAGGUUGCUGAAAGAUAGAAAGCCACUCAACUCGGGUCUCAAGCUUUAUCCAGGCGGUAAUUCUGUGAAUGUAAAUCAGUCGGUUGUGGUGAACCCUGAUGGAAGUGGAGAUUUCACUACCAUUACUGACGCGGUGGCAGCUGCUCCUAAUAAUACUGACUGUACUAAUGGUUAUUUUUUGAUUUAUAUCGCUGCUGGGGUUUAUGAGGAGCAUGUUUACAUAGCCAAAUCUAAAAGGUACUUGAUGAUGAUCGGAGAUGGAAUCGAUCAGACUAUAAUUACUGGAAACCGCAGUGUAGUUGAAGGGUGGACAACCUUUAAUAGUGCUACAUUUGCUGUAACUGGAGUAGGCUUUGUGGCAGUAAAUAUAACAUUCAGGAACACAGCAGGAGCCGUGAUGCAUCAAGCUGUCGCUGUCAGAAACGGAGCUGAUCUAUCAACAUUUUACCAUUGUAGCUUUGAAGGGUACCAAGACACACUAUAUGCUCACACAUUGAGACAAUUCUACAGGGAAUGCAACAUCUACGGAACAGUAGAUUUCAUAUUUGGAAACGCUGCAGUCGUGUUUCAAAACUGCAACAUUUAUCCGCGGCUACCUAUGCAAGAUCAGUUCAAUGCAAUCACAGCUCAAGGCAGAACUGAUAUUAACCAAAACACGGGCACUUCAAUACAAAAUUGUACUAUUCGCGAAGCAGAAUACAUGGCCUCAGCAAAGACUUAUCUGGGACGGCCCUGGAAACAAUAUUCCAGAGCCGUUUACCUAAAUUCUUUCAUCGACAAUUUGGUCGAUCCUGCAGGCUGGAUUGCCUGGUCUGGAGAUUUUGCUCUUAAUACAUCUUACUAUGCAGAAUAUAACAACAGAGGAGGUGGAUCAGAUACUAGUAAAAGGGUUACAUGGGAGGCUUAUCAUGUGAUAAAUUACUCAGACGCAGCUAACUUUACUGUCUCGAAUUUCUUAGCUGGAGAUUUUUGGUUGCCUAGUACUGGUGUUCCAUACAAUGCUGGCUUGUUUUAAAUUUUAUACAGCAUGUACUGAUCAAUACAUUUUCAUUAAUUUUUAACUUAUU